AUGGUGGUCACCGACUACCUGCACCACCAUCUGGCCCCUUUGUGGGAGCGUGCCCGCUUUGCCUGGAUUGACACCGGCUCGGGCGACCUGACGAGGACCCACAUCGGCCCGGACGGAGACCUCGACGAGGGGGCGCUGGCGACCCUGCUGAACGUGGUGACCGGCAUCGACGACCUCGCCUGGGCGGUCCUGCCCCGAGAGGACCUGGCGCUCUACACAGACCCGGGCCGGGCAACGCUGCAGGUGUCCAUGCUGGAGUUCGACGCCCAAGGCCUAGUGGAUCGUCCGGGGCGCUGGAACCCCGGGACCAUACAAAUCCCCGGGGUGGAUGACAACAGAGGGCGGGGCACCGCCGCUGAAGGCAGCAGGCCGGCGGCCCGAGGAGACAAGGGGAAGCAUCUCUGGGCGUACGUCCCUCAGCCGUCUUCAUCAUCGUCACCGUCACCUCCGCCGCCCAAGGAUCCCGUAGGAGGCCAGAAGCAACUAGAGGAGCUGAGGCUAGCCCCUGUUCCAGGGCCGAGCGCGCCAGAGGACCCUGAGCCGAGGGCUCCGGCCGGUCCCGAGCAGCAAGCGCCGACCAAACCUGCCCAGAGCCCUCCGAGGAAGGAGCGAGUGGCCGCAGGGGAGGUGGUCGCGAUGAGGGCGGUGCCAGAACGGCAGCUGUCGGGGACCCUGAGCGCCUCUACAGAGAGGGCUCGCAGGGGACCUAGCCCCCAGCCACCUUCUGGCCAGGCCCUGGAACGCCUCUCGGAGGUGCUGGGAAGCGCCCGGGAGGUCAUCGGGCGGCUCGAAGUGGCCGUGACGGCAGAGCGGGCAAAGCUCGACAAAGAGCGCGCUGCCCUGGUCGAUGAGAGGGGGUGGCUGGAGGAGGCCCAGAAGCUUUUGGAGACCCACAUCACCUCGGCCCGCGCAUCUUACGAGAAAUCCAUGCGCGAGGUGGCCGAGGAGUGGGAGGCGUUAGAGGAGACCCGUAACGAAACCGUCGCUGCGCAGGAGAAGGCCAACUGCAUGGAGCGGCUCGUGACCGAGCGCGACCAGGCGUCCCGGAGGCGCGCCGCAAAGCUGCUUGCUCGGGAGCGGAAGCUGAUGUCUCGAGAGGAGGCGGCCAGUAGAAGGGAGGAGGCCAUGCGGUCUGCCCUGGUGGACUUGGCCUGCCAGAACGACGAGCUCGAGCGUGGCCACGCCGAAGUCCUCCGCCGGGAGGAGCAGGUUGCGAUACGCAAGACUGACGUCAAAAUAAUGGCGGUGGCUCUUGAUGCCCGGGAGGAGCAGAUUGGGUUGCGCGAGGUGGAUGCCGCCUCGGCAUCGUCGGCACUCACCGCCCGGGAGGAGCUGGUCGCCAAGCGGGAGGCCGACCUGGCUGCCCGAGAGCAAGCAAUCGAGGCCCGAGCCGAGCAGUUGCAGUGA